UUUGGGCCACACUUGAUUGCAAGACAGGAGGGACAGGGAGUGUGAAAUAGAGGAGGCCAGCAGAAGAUUUUUUUAGGAGCUUGUAAUGUUUAGAGAAAUUAGUCUGAAUUGGAGGUUUAUCAUGAUGAAAAGCAAUAUACUACCAACACCCCUGUCUGUUUCUGGACAACGAAAAAAGAUGGGAUAUAAAAAUGGAGCAUGCAACUACGCCGGGCAAGGGUCACUCUGCUCUGUGCCACCCUCCUAGCGGACAGACGGCAGGACAGGCAGACAGCUCAAGACCAUCGCGUAUUAUGGAGACUCUGUGCGUUCAACCCUCGCAACAGGACGGGCUGAUGAUGGAGGAGGAACAAGGGAAAAGUGGAAAACCGAAUGAGGGGGGAAUGAAGGCCUCUUCUCCCACGGGCUCCACCACAGAUGAGGAGACAGAUGACGACUCGGAACCAGAACCCCCACCAGUUAUUCGCAGGAAGGUGUCUUUUGCAGAUGCAUUUGGCCUCAACCUGGUCUCUGUCAAGGAGUUUGACAGUGCUGAAGCGGCAGAACUAGAAGUCAGUCGGGCUGCUGAGCAGGAGGCACUUCAUUCAUUAGAGGAGCUCUAUAUGUGCUGUCUGUUUACAGUCCCGUCAUCCCCGGAGGAGCUGGAACAGAGGCUGCAGGCACAGAUGGUCGAACUGGAAAGCAUUGAACUCCUCCCGGGGACCACCACCCUUCGAGGGAUCGUCAGGGUGGUCAACCUCUGCUACAGUAAGUCUGUUUUUGCCCGGAUCACUCUCGACCGCUGGAACAGCUGCUUUGACCUCCCGGCAGACUACGUGCCCGGGUCCAGUGACAGAAAAACAGACAGGUUUGCCUUCAAGUAUACUUUGGUGCCUCCGUUUGAGAGAGAAGGGACUAGAUUGGAGUUCUGUCUCUGUUAUGAAUCAUCAGCGGGCACAUUCUGGGCUAACAACAAAGGACUUAACUACGUGAUGUUUUGCCACCAAAAGGGACAGAUAAAGGAGCAUGGGCCUCAAAUGCAAGAGGAGAGCUACAAGAGCAAGAGGAGCUGUCUCAAAGCUAACAGGAAUGGAAGCACAGUGGAGAAGACCCGGGAUAAUGCUAACGCAGCAACAGUUGCUACAGAACUAGAACCAACACAGAGAGCAGAAAAGGCCCACAGGCAGACACUGGACAGCAAAGAUGUCCAGUUAUUACUUCACAGUGAUGAGCACAGAACUUUGGUGGAGAGCGUAAAAAGCAGACGCAAAGCAGCACGUUUGGCACGUGUGCAGGACUACCUCUCCCAAAGAACGCAUCAAGAAUCCAAGGAUCUUGCAUGUGACUCAGCCAGUGGCCAGAAAGACUCUCAGUCUAUGCCGGCUCCCUGGGGUGACUCUGCCAGCUUGCUCUAUAAAUACCAAAAGGCGCAACCGAACGAGUGCCCACAAGUCCUCACCUACCAUCAGAUUCCUCUCCUUACACUGGACUGGAGCAAUGACAAACCCCAGCAGUGGGAGACGGCUGACGCGCAUGACAUCUGGAGCGGAAGAGCUAAAACGAUCUUGUCAAAAGAAGAAAACGCACCUUCUACUGAUGACAUGUGGGAGACCUUUCUUCCCGGUACAGAUGAUACCGACAAUAAAAAAGCCUCUGUGUGCGAUGCAUGGCAGGCCUUUCUUAAUGGGCCCGACCAUUCCAACGUUCCAGAGUCAGAAUGGCUGCAGACAGCAGCAUCAGUGUCUCCUUCAAACGACAAAGGGCCCCAACCCCAAUAUUCAGCAUUUCGAGAAUUUCAACUGGGUGCAGAUAUUCCUGCCGCCGCACAGGCACACUGCUUAGAUGCACGUCAGCCUCUGUCAGACACAUGGGGAGAACUGUUGGCUAAUGUUGCCUUGAACACCGAAGACCACCAGCCAGCAGAGGCAUGUGUCACCAGCCCAAGAGAUGACAACGCAGCAACACAAGACGCAUCCCAAAGGUCAGAGACAAGCUCUGUAACAGACACUCCACAGAAAUUUUGCCUCGAGGGGGCACCGCGGUCCGAGGACUCUAUUGACAGUUCAGCCGAGUGUCACAAGCAUGUGGUCCGGGAGCGAGAAAGGGAAGGAAUAAUAGGAGGAGCGAAAGAAGUAGAAGAGGAGCCCAUCACAUCACACAUGGCUGACUUAAUAACAAGCUCAGGGGAGUCGCAGACAACAGACAUGACAGCAAUGCCAGGGUUUCAGAAUGCCAGUGCUGUUGAUAGUAUCUCACAGGAAGCAAGGCUGGAUGAGGGUCUUUCUUCCACCGGGGAAGGAGAGGUUACAGGUACUGCACACAAUGCCGUAGAUGACACACUGGCAUUUAGGGAGACAAUCAGACAAGGGACAAAGGAUGGGGCGAGGUAUGUUUCUUCCACAUCCAGAAAAGGAGUGGAGGAGGAAGACAUCAUGAUGAACUAUACAGAAAAUAAAGCAUCUACAGAGGAGGAGAUAUUUAGGCCACACAGAACAGAAGAGAGUGAAACCUCCCCAAGGUAUGCAGAUGAAAUGCAGUGUGAGCAAUUUGGGCCAAACAGAAAUGGCGGAAAUCAGCAGGAGAGUGAUAGAAAUGAAACAGGACCUCAACAUUUACACGCUGGUAGAUUUGAUUCAAAGCAGGAAAACAAAAUCGUGGCAGCCGAAUUGAAUGAAGAAUUGAACACCAAAGGCGUGACAGCACUCGAAAAGACAGAGCAGGAAACUUCCUUUUCAACAACAGGUAAUGAAACAAAGGGACUAAUAAGUACAGCAGAGGAAAGGUUCCAGGCGUUAGAUGAUCAAGCAUGGCAACAUAAUGAUACAGCUUUAGAUGUGAGUGCAUCAAUAAUUUUGGAUGUGCACGACAAACAGUCACAGUCAGUCCAAAGAGGCAAGGAGCCAAAAGUCGAGAUGAAGCAGGAAUCACAAAUGGAACAAAACGGACUGAAAUUGAAAGAAGGUGAGCACGGAUUAAACUUCAACAAGACAGAGGUGGGAAAAAGCUUUAGUUGCAACGGAAUAAUAGAAAAUCAAUCAGAAAAGACGAGACCUACUGAGAAAUCAAAUGAUGUCAACCAGGCUUUCCAAAGUGGCCGCAAUACAUUCAGACCUCCAGCAAAUAAAUGCAACCCAAAGGGACUGGAAGUGGUUGAAGUGGGAUCGACUGACUCACAGGAAGACACGGAGGGUCAAAAUGAGAACAUAUGUGGCAAAACGAGCCAAGAGGAAAUCGAAGUAAAGGAGAAUACUGCGAAGAAAGACACUUCAGCGGAACACCAAUCUGAGACGUUACAAAGACUAGAAGGAGAUACGAGUCAGGAAGACAGAGAUGAGAUGAUGAGUAUUCGGGAGCUGAAAAUGGAAGCAGGGAGGGAGUUGAUGGGUAAUGUGGAGGGCCCUCAGGGGGAGAGGAAGAAUGCACCGGCAGAAUUGAAAGAAGAAGAGUUGUCAGCAGAAGUUGAGAGCUCUCUGCGUGUUGAAUAUAAAAAGCUGUCAGAUGGAACAAAAGAACCUAUUAUGGGAGAAAAUACUGCAUCACUUGAGGUGAUAGAGGUGGGAUUGGAGGAGAUCUUCAUAGAAAGAUUUGUAGAAGAUUUGGUCAGGGGGAUUUGGGAAGAGGUCUUUGGGAGAGAAGUGCAGACAUCAAAUAGACACACUGAUAUUGUUGAUGGAAUGGGGUGCAUGCUGAGAGAUACUACACAAGGCUGCCAUCUUCUUUUUGAAAAAGACUUCAAUGACACUUUUGAUUCAGGUGUAUUUUCCUUGACGGAAUUACCAACAGAUCCAAACUCAAGUUUCUGUCAAGGCCUAGAGCAAGCCGUACCCACUAAAGGCCAUGAACGCUCUGUGCUAGAAGGAAGUAAGUUACUUGACACAGCAGAACAAACUCACUUUGUCUCUGAAUCACAUACAGAUUUGAUUUUGAGUUCUAAUCUCAGUCACAAUCUCACCACCACCUUAGAUGUGCGUAGUCGGCAAUCAUUGCCUGAAACAACUCCAGCUCUGGGAGAAGCUCCGAUGGAUCAGAAAAGCCACACUCACAUAAAAGAAAGAUCGGCUGCUCGUUGUGAGACAGGCAGACAAAUAGAAGGCUGUGUAGUUGCCCACGGAGAGAUUUUUAAUAAAUCAGCCCACCCAUCUCACAAACAUCCAUCUUCUUCCUCAGAGAAAUUAAAAGAGACCGAUGGUCUUGUAUGGUGCAGUAUAUUAUAUAUCCUCAGUCACGUCACCAGACUUCUAAUCUAUGCCCUCUUAAUUAGUGGAUUCUUUGUCAUUGUUUUCCUCUAUGAUUUCCCAGCGGUUUUUGCUCUCUACAUAUUUUCAUUGUCAUGGUGGUUUUAUAAGUGGAGGAGACAGCACGUGAUGACAGACAAGGAGAUGGUGGAAUAGCCUAAAAUUUAAGAAAAAGCAAGUAUGGUGAAGAGUGCUACCUGUGGCAUUUUUAAACAUCAGCACAGUACUGUAAACUGUAACGUUCACUACCAUGCACAGUGCUAUUAGAGUGUGUGUGAGUGUGUGUGCGUGUUUGUACAUUUGGCUGAUUUUCCCAUCUCUUAAGUUACUUAAUAGACCGAUUCCCAAACUUUUUGGGGUUGACGAACCAUUAAAACUGAACAAAAUCUACUACGUACCUGUUUUUGGACUUGCCUGCAUUUUUUUUGGUUAAUUUAAAUACAGUCUAGUGGUAAAAAAUAUGGAUGAAGUUACAAUAAGACUCACUAAACAAACAGAAUUUGGUGCAGAAAUAUGUUUUUGUUGUUGCAUGUUUUGUAACCCUAUAAAUCUGUCUGCAACUCCAAGCAGUCGAUCUAAUUUGAGUUCCCAUUAGGCCGUCAUUCUGUGGGUGAAAAAGACAGAAUAAAGGAAUCGGUGGGUGUUUUGGUUCACUCAUCAAUAAAAAUUUACAAUAAACCUCAAACUGAACUGAACAUUUUUAAAAUCAUAUGAAUUUUCACCUUUUGUUGAAUGUUUUAGUCCACAGAAAUGUUUACGUGUAUGACGUGUGUAUGUUUGCUGUGUUUUAUGGGCCCAAUACCACUUUAUUAUGUAACAAAUGGAACAAAUUUCCUUGAUUUUCUUCAAUAAAAGAAAUUCAUGUGACUAAAAAAAAAUACAACAAAGAAACCCCCAUUGUUUUUUACAUUGACACAGCAAGAUUUAUUUUGCCCUGGACAUUUUCAUAUUUCACAAUUGAUGAACUUUGCAUGAUGCAUGUUUUAUGACACUACAGCUUUGUGGUUUGUUCAGUAUAUCCUAGACUUUGAUUGUACAAGGUCAUUAUACUUACUGUAAUUAUUCACUGACAGAAUGAACUAAAGUAAGUCUUGAGAGGACUCAGAUUACAUUUUUAUUGUACUAUGUUUUGCAAUUCAAGUAAUUUGUUAGUUGCACAGCCCUAGGGACCAGUCAGUGACCCUCUGGAAAACUCCGGUCGCUAUGGAAACGUGUGUACUCUGUGAAAGGUGGGCAAGUGGGUGCUGGAAGUUGGUUGCUGUGGUCAGGUGAAAUCAGUUUUAAAAAAAGUUACUGCUAUGGACAAAGAGGUUUUUGUUUCCCUUAUUUAACUUAGCAACAGCGAUCAACUUCCACGAUCAUCUUUCCAACCAACUGGGGAAUAUAUUUUUUUUUCCUAGUAACCACAUGUUCCCAGGGGGUUUCUGACCUGCCUCUAGGCCUGUGAGACUGAUGCCUAAGCAGUCUGUUAUUUUUAAAAUAUGAGCACAUUUUUCAUUUGCUUUGGUUGUGACACAAGAUGAAAAAAGGAAAAUAUCUGAAGCAUCUGCAGUGUUUCUGUCUUGCUUGUGUCAGUGUCCAUCUUAAGGUAAUUGAGGAAAGAAGCUAAUGAGCUCAGCUCCAUAUUUUAAAGUAGCAAGUAGCUAAGCAAACCUUAGCUGGCUAGGCCAGGUGACGUAAAAGCUAGCUCCACAGAAGCUAGCUUUUAGCUAAGCUGUUACCUAGAGGAGAAUUCACAAGCUUGUUGCUGGUAAUGUUGUGGAAGAGAUGAUCCUGUCAUUAAUUUACUAUAAAACACAGUAACAAUGAUAUAGUCAGAGGUAAACUGACAGCAGGCUACACAGAUACUGGACAGUAUAACCAACAUGCAAAAGCUAAGUGCAAAGAAACAUUUGUUUUUAUAACCUAAAGUACUCUAAAGUUAGCAGUUUUUUUGUUAUUUGAUUUACAGGUUGCUAUAAAGAUUACUGCGUCUUUUAGAGAUUGUAGGUUUAAAGAUAUUCAUUUGGAAUAAUGACAGUAUCUGAAAGACAUUAAAGAUAUUAAAUAUCUAACAUUCAAAUAA